AUGGCGACUUCAACAACCGUGCCGACGCAGAACGACAUCCUCGUCCCCGAGACCCUUCUGAAGAAGAGGAAGUCGCAGGAAAGGGCUCGCGAGGAGCGCGCUUUGGCUACGAAGGAAAAGAGAGACAAGAACAAGAAGAAGAGGGAAGUGAUUUUCACACGGGCCGAAAAAUAUGUGAAAGAAUAUCGUGACGCAGAGAAGGAGAAGGUCAGGCUGUCUCGCGAGGCAAAGAAAAAUGACAGCUUCUAUGUUCCGGAGGAACCAAAGCUUGUCUUCGUCCUUCUUCGUCUUCUCCAGAUCAACAAUGGCGUCUUCGUGAAGUUGUCCAAGGCCACCAUGGAGAUGCUGAGAAUUGUCGAACCCUUUGUCGCGUACGGUUACCCUAAUCAGAAGUCUGUCCGCGAACUCAUCUAUAAGCGCGGUUAUGGUAAAGUCGACAAGCAGCGCAUCCCGCUUACGGACAACGAAAUCAUCGAGGAGCAGCUUGGCAAAUACGGCAUGAUCUGUAUGGAAGAUCUCAUCCACGAGAUCUACACCGUCGGGCCCAACUUCAAACAAGCUUCUAACUUCUUGUGGCCCUUCAAGCUCAACAGCCCUACCGGCGGCUUCCACAAGCGGAAAUUCAAGCAUUUCAUCGAAGGCGGCGAUCUAGGCAAUCGUGAAGACUUGAUCAACAACUUGAUCAGACAGAUGAACUAA